AGCGGGAGCCUGCUCGGGGAAAGCCCGAGCGGCUGAGGGGCGGCGAGAGCUUCUUUGGCCGUGGGUCGAGCUGCGAGUCAGUAAUGCCGCUUUUUGUUCGGUGCUGCAGGACAGGAUGGCAUCGGUUGCAAAGGAGACGCUGUCCCAAGAGGAGCUCCGGAAAAGGCUGUAUCAGACUUUUAAGAGCCGAGGCGUACUGGACACACUUAAGACACACCUCCGAAACCAGCUAAUCCAUGAACUAAUGCACCCAAUUUUGAGUGGAGAGCUUCAGCCACAGGUGGUUCCCAGUGAAGACAGUUCACUUUUGAUCACAGCUUCCAACAGUUUGGUGGCAGAUCAUCUAGAGAGAUGUGGCUACGAGUAUUCACUUUCUGUUUUCUUUCCAGAAAGUGGGUUAGAGAAGAAGACGCUGUGGACUGUGCAAGAUCUUCUUCAAUUAAUGAGGAUCAAUCCAGAAUCCAGUCUUUACAAAUCACUGACUUCAGGAACUCGGAAGGAAAAUAAAGGUUUCCUUAUGCAAAUUUUAAUUGGACUUACUGAACAUCAUCUAAACAGGGAAACUCACAACACAGGAACUCAGACCACCUCAGUGCCUCCUUACAGAGAGUCCCUUGCUGAGAAGCUUCAGCUGAUUGAUGAGCAGUUUGCAGACUCCUAUCCUCAACAUCAGAAAUAUGAAUCUUUAGAAGUAAAACUUAAUGAGUAUAGAAAAGAAAUAGAGAAGCAGCUUCAAGAAGAAAUGCAUCAAAAGCUUGAACAUUUUAAAGAAGUUGAAAUAGCAAAGAUUAAAAUGGAGGAGAAAGUGCAGACCCAGAAAGAAAUCUCUGAGCUGCGCCAUGAGUUAGAGAAGAUGCAUCAAGCAAAAUCUGAAGCCUUGAUUUCUCGUGAAAAGAAUGCUAUUGAGAGGCUUCAAAAGCAACAGGAGAUAGAAGCAAAGGAAGUGUAUGCUCAGAGACAAAGUCUAUUGAAAGAUAUUGAAGCUGUAAGGACCAGGGAGGCAGAACUGAAGCAAAGGAUGGAGGCAUUUGAAAUCACCCAGAAAGUUCAGGAGGAGAAAAAUAAAGCUGUAGAAGAUGCACUUCGGCGUCGUGAGGUUGCUGUGAAGAGCAUAGAGGAGACAUAUGACCAAAAGUUGAAGACAGAGCUCUUAAAAUACCAGCUUGAAUUAAAAGAAGAACACAUAGCCAGAACCAAUAAAGUUACUGAAGAUGAGAAAAAAAAUAAAGAGAAAGCUAUGCUUUUGGAAGAAGAAGCCAUUGCUAUUAAUUCAAAAAAGGAGGAAUUCAAGCAAGCUGUAUCACGUGCCAAAGAUCUUGAGCUGGACUUGGAGUCAGUGAAGGCCCAGGUUCUGUUGGUAAAUAAACAGAAUGAUUUGUUGACAGAAAAACUGAAAGAGGUAUCAGACUAUCCUUUGCUAAAGGAGGAAAAAUCGGAGCUCCAAGUGCAGAAUAAACUACUUAGGCAACAGCUGGAUGAGACUCGGAGUGAGAACCAGCAUCUUCGAGACAAGCUGUCCCAGCCCUCAGCGGAGUACUUGGCCUGCCAAGUGGAGCUGAGGAGAGUGGAGCAUUCUAUGAAGUUGGUGCUGGAUGAAUUUGAAAGUCAUAAGCAGAUGUUGGAAAAACAGCUACAAAAUGAGAUUGAGCGCUGUGCCCAGUUGAAGGCCCAACUGUUAGACUCUGAAGCUACUGUCAGGAAGUUAAAUGUGCAGGUUGAAGAACUGAAACUGCAAGUGAAGCAAACACAGGCAGUGUCACUCACUCCCUCUUGCUGCCAUUUAGCUCUGGAGAACGAGGUGUAUCGGAACCCAAAGCCGUCGCUCGUCGACCGCUCCGUCCUCGACUUCCUCGGGGACAGGGUGGUGCCCCACGACAUCUACGUGGAUGGCGCGCUCCCGAGGAAGCUGCUCCUGCCCGACGUGGGGACAGCUAGCGCCGUGCCAGGGCCUGGCUGUCACCCACAGCUGCAGCCACGCAGCGCCUCCCCGGACUCUGACCUGGAGUGCAUCGCGCGGGCCCGCGCCAGGGUGAAGGAGCUGGAGAAGGAGGCCGAGUACUUGGAAGAAGCCUACAGGAGUUACCAACACAGAGCCAUGCUGAACGCAGCAAGCAGAACACCGAGCAAGAUGCAGCCUCCUUUAAUUCUGCAGUGUCCUCUUAGUAGCAACCCUUUGACUACCCAGCAGGAGCUGCUAGAGCAUAAUCCCAGCUGCCCACACUCCCCUCUGAGCAGUCCAAGAGGUGAGGAACACAUCAAAAGGGCUGGGCAGGUCGAUAUCUUUAAAGCUCCCUUCACGCCACCACGCAGAGGAGCAUCUUCAAGGCGCCUUUCUUCUACUCCCAUUUCCAAACCAAAGAAAGACCUCAGCAACAAGAAUGUUCCAGAUGAGAACAUCAAGAGCUCAUCCCUUACCUCUUCACAGCAGAGUGUUGACCAGGUUCUUUCUCCUAUUUCAAAGCGAUGUUUGCUUUCAUCUUCUGAGUCUGUUCCUUCCUCGCCAUCCAGUCAUGGCCAGAAAAUCAGACUUCAGAGUCAACAAACAGAUAAACAAGAUCUCAGUGAAAUUCACAAACCAGAGAAACUAAGGUAUGAGGAUCUUGAAGAACACAUUUCUACUCUUGAAGAUCAGGGGGACAUACCAGAGGAGUGUGAAAGUGAUGUCUUGCAUCCAUCUGGGGACAUUGUCGAUGGAAACUGUGUCACAGCCCCUGUGCCAGCAACAGCCACUUCACUGCAAGACUUAUUGGUGCUGGAUCAAAGGCACAUUGAAGAACACAACAGAGAAGUUGAGAAAAACUUAGAAGAAGAAAGGAAAGCAGGAGAAGAAAGGAAAGAGAAAGAACAACAGGAAGCUUUGGAAAGCGAGCAAAAAGAAGUGGAAAAACUUAAGGAAGAAGUGUAUAUCCAAGACUCGAUGAAAACAGAUGAAGAAAUAGAAGAGGGAGUAAAAUCUGAGCAUAGUAAGACUGCUGCUGAAAAUAAUGUAAAGGAUCCUCCUUCCAAUCCAUUAGAAAAAUACAUGAGAAUAAUUCAGCAGAGCAGAGAGCAGGAACUGGCAAACAAGGAUUCAAAAAAAGAAGAAAUAAGAGAAGCAUCACCUUCAGAAGGACUUCUGUCUACUGAAAAUGAUGACAGGGUGAAGAUGCAAAUAAAUAACCUGCCAUUUCUCUGGGGAGGAUAACCCAGUGCAAGCCCUAAGGCCAUGUUGUCAGCCAGUUGUGAGUGUUACACCAGGGCUUGGCUGGCACGAGGUUAGAAGCUGGCCACUAGAGGAAGCGUUAGCCAUGGGAACGAGUCAUCCCCGCCCGCCGCUACCUGGACCGGGCACUGCAGGGUUGGACCAGUCAAUCUGCCUGGCUCCAGGCAAAGGAAACCAAGAGGUUAUAAGCAGCUGAUCAAAUAAACUACAAAAUGAAAAUAAAUAGUGGAAAUAAAAGCAGAAAUAGUGGAUAGAAGUAGGAUUUUGAAAGGACAUGCAAAUCAUCUUUUUCUGAGUAUGGGGGAGGUGGGUUAAAAUGACUUCCUAAAGCAAAAGUUGGGGACCUGCUGACUUGUGAUGACCAAACCAUAACAGCAAAUAAUGUUGAUUACAGCUCACCACCCCCCAUGUCUAGUAUCAUUAUCUUUUAUAUAUACAAAAUUUAAUAAUAAAGCAUCUUAAGCCUAAAAUGAACAUUUUUAAUUAUAAAACAACAAAAAAUACUACCCACCAAUGCUAUGACAGUGGCACCAGCUCCAGCACAAGCCACAAUGAACAGGUGAUAAGACAUGUAGAACUAGAGAAAAAAGAUGUUAAAAACAUUGAAGUCAUUCAUUAGGAAUGCAUUAGGAAAUGCAUAAUAAAAUGCUUUUCAAGUGUUCAAGAGAAUAAGGAUAACAAAACCACCUUUGUAACAUGGUAGCAAAGCUUUAGAAAAUAAAAAUCUGAAAAGAA